AGAGCAUUUUGGUUCCGCACUCGUAUUUAGCUCACAUCCAAAUUUCACAAAAUGUCCUCCCCCUACAUCCAUCCACUGGUCCAUGGCCUGCGCUAGUAGCGAACCUCAUCGCUUCAUCUAAUCCCCUUCCUUCAAUGUCCCUUCUCUCCAUUUUGUCGAAUUCUUCAUCGUAUUAAGGGGAACAAACAUAGAGUCUUCGGCUGCCAACAACAUGCGUUCGGAUUCCGGGUCGGGUUUUCCCUCAACGGUGAAAAUAUCUGGCCUCAACUCCACCGGAAAGAGUGGGCCAGCGUUCGUUGGUCAGGUUUUCAGUAUGUGUGACCUUUCCGGGACCGGUCUUAUGGCUGUUUCUACCCACUUUGACAUACCCUUUCUCUCCAAAAGGACACCUGAAUGGCUAAAGAAAAUGUUUGCAGCAGUUACUAAGAGCGAAAGGAAUGGUCCUGUAUUUCGAUUCUUCAUGGAUCUCGGUGAUGCAGUUUCUUAUGUAAAAAAGCUGAAUAUUCCUAGUGGAGUGGUGGGCGCAUGCCGUCUUGAUUUAGCAUAUGAGCAUUUUAAGGAAAAACCACACUUGUUCCAAUUUGUUCCGAAUGAGAAACAGGUCAAGGAAGCCAACAAGCUGCUUAAGGCUAUGCCACAGUCUGAUGGAAGGAAAAAGGUGGACGGUGUUCCUGUUUUCAGUGCUCAAAACUUAGAUAUUGCUAUAGCAACUACAGAUGGUAUAAAAUGGUAUACUCCUUACUUCUUUGACAAAAACAUGUUAGAUAACAUUCUUGAAGAAUCUGUUGACCAACAUUUCCAUUCGCUGAUUCAAACACGACACGUCCAACGCCGAAGGGAUGUUUUUGAUGAUAAUUUGGCUUCCGAAGUAAUUGAAGAGAUGGGAGAUAGUAUGUGGGAGCCUCCUGAGGUUCAGGAUGUGCUCGAUGAAGUGGGUCAACCAGCGAUACCUUUGAGUGUAAUAUCAAAAGCUGCUGAAAUUCAUCUUCUACAUGCUGUCGAUAAAGUUCUUCUAGGGAAUAGGUGGUUACGAAAAGCAACAGGAAUUCAACCUAAGUUUCCUUACAUGGUUGACUCAUUUGAAAAGAGGAGCGCAGCUUCUUUCCAGAGAGCAUGCAGGAUUUCCAGUUUUGUUAAUAAAUCUCAGUUGGAGGCUAAUGAUAACCAACUACAGUGCAUCAGCAGUUCAGCAGUGGAGGAAGCAGAUAAUGUCUCUAAUAAAAAACAACUAGGGCUGGAUCUGCGGCUCCCUUUUGGGGGUUGGUUGAGUCCUGCAUGGAGUAAAGGACAGAAGCAGCAGAUAAUACAAGAUAAAAGGGAAUACAGAGAACUACAUCCAUCACCUUUGCUUCCAAAGAUUACUAUGGUUGGUGUCUCAAUGGGUGAGGCUGGGAAGGUGAACAAAGCCACUUUGAAGAAGACAAUGGAAGAUUUGACGAAAGAACUGGAAUGUACAGAUCAGAAAAAUUUGUCUGGGAAUAAUGUUGAUGAAAUAACAUUUGAGGAGAGGGAUCCUCUAUUCGUAGCUAAUGUUGGUGAUUAUCUUUCUAGUGCAGCAAAGGGAGGUUCAGCUCGAUGGGUUCGAGGAGGAGCCCUUUAAGCAAUCUCAGGCCAAGUUUUUGUUCCUCCUCAAUUAGCUGCUUACAUGUAAUACAGGAAAACGUAACUUAGUUUGCCACUGCUUGGCUUUACAACUAGUAGCUAGUGACGUGUUAGUUGUCUCAGGUUUUAGCUGAAGGAAAUGGCCUUUUUUUGCAUCAAUUGGUUACAAUAGGUCAAUAGUGGUUUAAAGGGAGGACGAAAAUUAUGUAUGUACUCGAGAUUUUGAUCCCAGCAUCAGUUGUAGUAUAUAGAUUGUUGUACCAAUGUAUACUUUUUAUUUUUCAGCAGUUAAACUGCUGAGUGUCUUAGUGUACUUCAAUACUCAAAGAUGUAAAGGAUAGUGAUACUUUGAUCUGCCAUACACUCUAAAACUGCGAGACAUUAAUCAUAGUACUAUGCUAGAAAUGCA